UGCCUAACACAAUAACGUCAUAUGAUCACAAGUGCAAAAUCAUAGGGCAGAUAACUUCACUGGACGGCAAGAUGUUGCGGGCGAUUUCCCUUUUAUUUGCGCUGGCUACAGUUGCAAACUGUGAUCAAUUAUCCGUGCUGUAUGCGCCCAAAGCGGUCGAAUUUAGUGGAAACAGCCGGUUGGAUUCGGAAUCCCUGCCGGAAGUGUUCGGAGCUGCUCUUGGCUAUUCCGUUAGCCUGCCAACGGAAUGGGACGGUAUGGUGAUAAAGGAUCCGUUCAACACAGCCAACGGUGCCGUAGUGGUUGUGGCCGAGGGACUGGAAUCCGUCGCGGUCGAGGGUGCUAAGAGCUAUCAACUGGACGGUAAUACCGGAUCUGUUGCUCUGAGCGAGUUGAUCCAGAAAUCGGCCGACCAUCAGGGUGUCAGUUUUGAGGUGGAUCUGAAGGAAUCUUCCCAUAACUUUGCCACUCCGCUCGGUACCGUUCAGCCAGACGAUGAGGAAAUGAAUCCGCAACAUCUGAAACCAAAAUCGAACAAAGCCGAUUCAGACUUUCUGCGCCAGAUUGCGUUUUUGAACGGGCUUAGUGAUCUGCUCGUGACGUCAACUGACCGUAUUCCAACCGUGCAUAUUGUUCGCGUAUCGUUCGAAGCACUGUUGGCCGCACACGAACCUAACUCUCCCGCAUUGGACGAAGCGAAGAAAUUGUUCGUUAAUGCGUUGGCUGGAUUAGAAACGGCAUCAGAAAAGGCAUUCGAUGGUGCCGUUAUUGUAGGACUGGUAACGGCCAGCGAAGGUCAGUUGGUGGUUCGUUCAAAGCGUCAGGUGUCACAGUCGAAACAGGAGGGAGAACAGGACAACCCGAUGAAUUUGGCUACCAAGUAUAACAGCAACUAUCCAGUUAUCUUCAACAUUAUUCUGUGGUUCAGCGUUGUGCUAGCGUUCUCACUGCUGGCCAUCUCGAUCGUAAUUGGCACGAUGGAUCCGGGUCGCGAUUCGAUCAUCUACCGUAUGACUUCGACCAGAAUGAAGAAGGAUAAUUAAAUCCACUCUACCCGGUAGGCCAUAUAAGCGUUCCAGUCCAUAGUUAGCCAGAUCGUACACACCCUACUCUACUCUGUGCACUUCAUCCCAAAUCAACAAACUAAAAAUGGACUGUACCGUAUGCACAUAAUUAAAAAAGUAUUACAAAGUAAUCUGGCCAGACGCUCCCAAAACAGAGAAAGAGGUACAACCAUCAUCAGGUGCUGGAACGAGUGCUAGUGCACAUUCUUCAUAGAACGAGGAGCUAACAUCCUAUCCUUAGCAUGCGAAGACUCUUCUUUUUUCGUCGUACACAUCCAACCAUCAUCACGCUUUAUACUGUGGGCGAUUUUCUUCUGUCUACCAACAUACCAGAUACGCAACCCAUCGUUGUUAUCGUCGUCAUGUACUUUGCGAUUCCGUGGGAAAAAGAAUACUUACUGUGUGGAACCGUUCAUCGUCGCUCAACGUUGUCUCCCAUGAACAACACGUUUCUUUCGGUUUCCCAUUAUUAUUGUGAGCCCGCUCGCCGUUGUCUGUGUGGACAUUUUACCAACAGAGCCAAUAGAUAAUGCAUAAUGCGCUGUCCCUUUUGUUUUCCUUAGUUGUUGUUUGUUUGAGUUUCGUUCGUCAGGUGUAGAAAAUAAAUAAGGAUAACAUUCCAGAGUAGUUUGCGAAGGAAU